AUGAGAGUAAAUGAGGACAACGGACAAGUAUAUGCCAAUGGUCACACUGCCAGCUCCAAUGGCUCGACACCAAGGAAGCCUCUUCAAAUGAACGGACACAGUUCUGGAGCCCUCAAUGGCUCUAGUCCGUCAUUCACGAAUGGCACGGGGAAGAGGUUAUCUCCUGUUCGACCACCUACGUAUCGGGGACACGAUAGAGAAGAAGUGGUUCGUAUUAUAAUUCAGGGUCUCUCAGAUAUGGGAUAUCCUCAAGCAGCCAACGUUUUGAGUGCCGAAAGUCAUUUCGAGUUGGAGAGUCCUUCAGUAGCCGCGUUUCGGAGUGCCAUUCUGGAAGGAGUGUGGUCUGAGGCAGAGGCUAUAUUGCUUGGCUCUCCUCCCAGCAGUUCACAUCUGGAUGACGACCAGUAUGGUGAAGGCUUAGUCCUUGCAGAGGGUGCCGACAGAGGUCAAAUGCUCUUCUGGAUCCGACAACAAAAGUUCCUCGAGUUGUUGGACCGAAGAGAUCUCGGGGUUGCUUUAAUGGUGCUUCGACAAGAGUUGACUCCUCUUGGUCAUGACAUCCACCAACUCCAUGCUUUAUCCACAUUACUCAUGUGCCCACCAGAGGAUCUCCGGAGUAAAGCCCACUGGUCUGGCACAGUAGAGGAAUCAAGGAAGAUGCUGCUCCAGGAUCUUUCUCGUUCUAUUGCACCAUCAGUCAUGAUUCGCGAUCACAGGCUGGCUGAGCUGUUUGAUCAAGUCAAGCAAAAUCAAAUCAACCAAUGUCUAUAUCACAACACUUCAAUACCACCAUCUUUGUAUGCUGAUCAUCAUUGCGAUCGUGACGACUUUCCCUCACGUACAUCUCUGCAACUAGAGGACCACACAGGAGAAGUUUGGCAUGUCCAGUUUUCUCACGAUGGCAGCAAGUUGGCAACAGCAAGUCAAGACAGGUCUGUCAACAUUUAUGAGACAGUCACCUUCAAACUCUUGCAUACUCUGACCCAGCAUUCUGGUGGAGUGACCUAUGUGGCUUUUAGUCCUGAUGAUAGCAAGAUCAUCACUUGUUCUCAAGAUUGUAAAGCACGGGUUUUUGAUGUUGAAUCUGGCCGACUAAGGGCGACUCUUGAACAUCAGACCGUGGAUCAGAACUAUGCAAUUACAGCCGCCGCCUGGGGCCCGGAUUCGAUGAGUUUUGUAACUGCUAGCCAUGACAGGAACUCACAAUUAUGCCAUUGGAAUCUACGAUCAUCUGAAAUGGAGCGACCUGCUCAUACAUGGCCACCAGGGUUUCGAGUGCAGGACGUUGGAAUCACUGAUGAUGGUCACUGGCUUGUGGCACUGGAUUCCCAGAACAUCAUUCGGAUUUUCGACCUUCACACGUACCGCGAGGAACCUCCGAUCAGGUCCACUGGCAAGAUGACAGGGAUCACACUCAGCCAAGAUGGGAACUCUGUGCUGGUCAAUCUAGCCAUUGGUGAAGUUCACAUUAUUGACCUAGUUACGCGAGAUAUCAUCAGGAAAUUCCGAGGGCAGAAGCAAGGGGAGUUUGUUAUUCGAAGUUGUUUUGGCGGUGCUGCCGAGAACUUCGUAGUUAGCGGAUCUGAAGGUAUGAUUAUCGCCACGAUUAUGGGAAUGUCUACUAACAAGAUAACAGAUGGAGAUAUCUAUGUUUGGCACAAGGAGAAUGAAGUGUUAGUCGAGAAGUUGACAGGUCAUGGCCGAGGGCAAAGUGGUAAGCAGUGUGUCACCACUGUGGACUGGAACCCUCGAGAUGCAGGCAUGUUUGCAUCUGGUGGAGACGAUCGCAAAGUACGAAUGUAA